CUUCUUUAGGGUUUCAGGCUGGGUAUCUGUAGAAGGACUUGGUGACACCUGCUCAUGGAAAAACGGCUUUCCGAAAUACGUUUUGACGUGUGUACUGCUGCACUGAUCAGUGAACGUGCUGAACAUUUGGUCGGGGCGCAUUUCGUCCUUCGGACUGCUCCACGCCACGCUGCUGUGCCCGUCCUCCUCCGCGGCAGAGUGUAACGGAAGGUUCCGGUAGUAGCCUGGGUCGGACCGUGUCUCUUGGCAUGCUCAGCGAGGGCCGCCGUGAUGGACACUAGGACACUCGGUCCACCUCUCUGGUGUGGCCUGAAUAAAGCCACUCUAUUAAUAGAGCAUAGCGCAGCCAGACUGAAGUGCUAAGUGCUUCUUUUAAUGAGGCUCAGACAGAGCCGUCGCACCUAUCCACCCGAACGGAAGCCUCAGGAGAUUAAGACAGUGAGAGGAAAAAGGCGGAGGAGUGUUUUGGAUGGGAGUGAAGUUUGCUUUUGUGACUUACAGUAGACCCACUGGUGAUGAAAAAACGGGGACAGUAUUAUGUAGGCCUGUUGAUUCAUGGAUGGAGUGAGGUCGUUCAGGUUAAACUGGGACUCGCAUGUACUUGCUUCACCUUGAUUGGCCUGUCAGUGUUAUGGGUUUGCAUGGCCAGAUAACCUUUAUAGCCUAACUGAUAAAGUGUAACAAGGGCAGGAUCAAAGAUUGAUGUUAGAUAACACCUGGUUCCAAUAAAACAGGUGUAACUUGUGAUCGGGUGGAUCGGGUCAGUAGUUACAUAUUUUAUUGUUUUGGGUGAUAUACUGCAUCAUUUGGACAAUACUGCAAUUUAAUUUUUGUGUUAUUUGGUAUCCACCCUGCUUUUGUUCCCCUUCGGAACAUGUUCCUGCUGUUUCAAACAAGGCAACAUUAAACAUGUGAAAUGAAAAUGAUUUGUCAAUUGAUAUUCUGUGGGUGAUGUCCGGGCCUUAACUGGGCCUAUUUCAGUCUUGAAUAUCACAAGUUUUAUUGGAUUAUGGCAUUUAGCUCUAGUAUCGCUAUACCACUCAAAUUCUUUAAAAAAAAAAAAGCGCCAGUCUGUGCUUGACCCCGGGUAUAGUGUAGUUCUGACGACAAGACCCGAGGCCCAGGUCCGACAACCUACUCUCCCAGACGCUUUUGCUUUAUGCCACUUCAUUUAGGAAUGACAGGCAGAAAAUGGGUUAUAAUGUGAUAGUUCAUAAAUGAUUGUGUACGUUAUCUGUGAAGACUGACUCCCUGACCUCCCUUAACCUGCACACAGAAACUGUCUGAAAUUGACACUUUGGAAUAACGGGAGUUUUUGGCCACCAGCCUUUUUAUUGGAGACUAAUGUUUGAAACUUUCCAGAUAAGUCACUCUCUGGCCAUCUCUUUCCAAGUGUGCAACAUGAGGUGACUCUGUUUAUGGCUGUGUGGGUCUUAGUUGCAUUGGCAGUGCUUGACUUGAACUAAAAUUGGUGCCAAUGCUGUCUAUAUUUAGGUGUAGGAGCUCCACAAUACUUUUGAGGUAGGUUAAUAUUCUGUAAGAGGAAGUAGAGUUCCUGCAGCAGAGCAACUGACGUUCUGGUACCCUGCUCUAGCGAGUGGAUAGGCUUGUUGUCAAGCACUGUGGGUAGGCUUGUUGUCAAGCACUGUGGAUCAGCUAAUCGUUGCCUGUCUGCUGUACAGGAUGUAUCCAUGCUGUGACGAUAUUCUUUACACCCCAGGUAUGGGCUGUUUUGAUGGGGUGUAUGUGGUAUGUUUGGGCUGUACGGGUAAGGGCUCAGGGUUAGAAUGAAACUGGUUGUAGUCAUGCAUGAGUGAAUUCAGAAAUGGUGGUUUUCCUGCUGCCCAAGCUCCAGUUUAAUCUUUCAUUCUCUUAUUCAUUAAAUAUUAAAACAUUAAUGUCACUGGGUCUGUCUAGACAUGACAUCAGCAUGUCAAAAAGAGUUUCUUUCACUCUAGCAUAUUUUUUUAAGUGACAUUUUGCGUCUGUCUGUCUGUCUGUCUGUGUGCUGUAGGCGUGUGUUCGUAGUGUGUGCGUGUAUCUCGUGUCAUGUAUAAACGUAUCAAUGUCUAUCUCUUCCUGUGUCUCUCAGCGUAGUGCCUGUAUGUAUUUUUAACCCUGGAUCCUGAGGGGGGGGGGGUCAGAGAGCAGCCAGACCCAGAGGUCAGUUCUGGUCUGAUUACUGGAAGACACUACUGUUACUGUCUCUCUAACUGCUCUGAUUAAAACGAGGACAAUUUAUUCAUUGUCCCAGGGGAUGAAAUUGUGAAGGGCACUAUGGAUUGGUCUCGGAGUGCUUCUGUCAGUCACAUGAUAUACCCCAGAUCCGGCCGGGAAUUGUGCAAAUCAAUUAUGGCUAGAUUUCUCUCAUAUUCUCUCUAACAUCGUGCUGCUUAAUGACAACGUUUUCUUAGCUUUUUUGCUAUCUUCACAAAUGGAGCCAAUAGUAACAGAGGGCACUGUAUCUUAGCAUAUCAGAAAUAUAGUUGUGUAGAGCAGUACGGUAGCUUCUGUUUCAUAGUCUGCUGUGUACUGAAGGUCGUCCUAUCUAUUCUUUUAAAGAGACAUUUGGUACAAUUACUUUGAUAAGACCUAUAUAGUGCUUACUAUGAUAAGACCUAUAGUGCUAUGAACAUUUAUUUGCCCACUGUGUAACAUUCUCUGUUGCUUUUGCAUAUUUUGAUACUGUGAAAUCCUAAACCAACCGGAGUUCCCUUUUAUUUUUAGUUAUAUGCAUUUUAGUUAUUUAGCAGGAGCUCAUAUCUAGUGCAUAUAUUUUAAUUUAUUUAAUGACCAAAUUUAUGUCACAAUUAAACAACUAGGCUGAAUUGAUUUCCACCUUUUUAGCUGCAAUGACAGCAUUCAAAUGACAGCAUUCCUUUAGUGGUGAGUCUCAAGUCAUGGUGGAUGAAUAUUAGCUUUUCCACACAGAGCUGCUUUGAUUCAGCGUUUCUGGGUUAUUGAGCAUGAAUUGCUCUUUACAGGUCUUACUUGUAAUAAAUUGGUUUUAGGUCUUACUUGUUUAUUUCUGCAUGAUCCAGGUGUGCCUUAGGCCUACUUAGGAUUCUGUGAUACAGAACAGAAUUGAUGUUUCCUUCAAUGAUGGCUGAACGGGUCCGAAAGCAACAAUGAAACCAUAAAGCAUCACGCUGCCGACAUCAUGGUUUACCAUAUUUAAAUAAUGUGGAAUGUUAUUUUUUCUAGACCUACUUUUCAGAAACAGCCUGGGUCCUAUUAACUUGACUCUAAAGAGAAUGGCAGGUCAUCUGUCUGAAGAGGAAGUUCAAGCUCACCUAAGUCAUGCAGUAAGACAAUGAUUCACCAAUACCCAAGGAAAGUUCUAGACUUUGUCGGAAUAUCUUUGACUUUGAGAUGUUGUGGCAUGGCCUAUCGAGUAUUUCAUGAAAUCCCUGCAAAACAGGCACAUACUUUCAUGACCCUAUAUAUUGCGUGCAAUGACUGUUUUAUUUUAUGACAGCAAGUUUAUUAGGGUCGGAGGUCAGGGGCCAAUGUUCACCGUAAUGGAAGGGGUUGGUUUCUGCCUACCCGGGGCCAGCUGGCAGCGCUGAAGUGCUUGUGUUGCAGAGUCAGUCCUCAGCGCGGACAGGGUGGAGCAGAUGACCAAGACCUACAAUGACAUCGACGUCGUCACCCACCUACUGGCCGAGCGCGACCGGGACUUGGAGCUGGCCGCUCGAAUUGGUCAGUCAUUGCUUCAGAGAAACCACCUGCUGCAGGAACGCAACGAGUCCGUGGAAGAGCAGUUGACACAAGCCCUGGACCAGGUGCACCAGCUUCAGCAUGAGCUGGGGAAGAAGGACGAGCUGCUGCGGAUGGUGGCCAGCGCGUCGGAGGAGAGCGAGACGGACUCGAGCUGCUCCACCCCUCUACACCCCCGGCAGCCACUAGGGGGCGCCGUGGCCCUAAGCCAACUGGAAGCCCUGCAGGGGAAACUGUCUGCCCUGGAAGAGGAGAACCUGUCCCUGCGCUCUGAGGCCUGUCAUCUGAAGAAGGAGACCAUCACCUAUGAGGAGAAAGAACAACAGCUGGUCAACGACUGUGUCAAGGAGCUGCGUGAGUCCAACAGUCAGAUGGUGAACCUGACAGAGGACCUGUCUCGUAAGAGCGAGGAGGUGCUGAGGUACCAGGAGGAGAUCGCCCAGCUCCUAUCCCAGAUAGUGGAACUCCAACACCGCGUCAAAGAGCUGGCCCUGGAGAAGGAGGAACUGAGGAUGCACCUGCAGGCUUCUAAAGAUGCCCAACGGUCCCUCACCGCCGAGCUGAACGAGCUGGCCGACCGGAACGCAGAGUGUGUUGGGAUGCUGCACGAGACCCAGGAGGAGAUCCGAGAGCUGCGAAGCAAGUCCACUCCGUCUGCAGGCCUGAGACGACACCUCCCCUACGGGCUGUUCCCCAUGGAUUCGCUGGCGGCAGAGAUCGAGGGCACCAUGCGCAGAGAGCGGAGUGUCGAGGACGAGGUGGCUUUCCAGGACCAAAGGGUUUCCCAGAAGCGGGUGUUCCAGACAGUCCGCGUGGUCAACGAGUCGGUGGAGCGAGCGGCGGCCAUGGCCACGCCCCCUAUCCCGGGCUCAGGCCAGAGCUGCCUGGUGAUGACUGCCCAGCCUUUCCAGUCAGCCCAGGGGCCUGACCAAUCACACCACGGCACCCCGGAGGACGUCCGGCUCGGCAAGCCCGGAGCACCGGGACAAAAUGACCUGGUUUCGGCGCUCCACCGCCUCUCGCUGCGUCGGCAGAACUUCCUGUGUGAGCGCCAGUUCUUCCUGGCGGAGCGCGACAAGAAGCUCCAGUCCCUGGCCGGGGGGGUGGAGUCCGACGUGGAGGGGAGCGGCCACAGCUCGCCAAUGGGCAGCGUUAUGUCAUCCUUCACCAACCUAUCAGAGUUCUCCGUCUCCUCCAGUUGUUUUAAGACCUUCCUGCCUGAGAAGCUGCAGAUUGUCAAGCCAAUGGAGGGCUCCCUGACCCUGCACCAUUGGCAGCAGCUGGCCAAGCCACACCUGGGUACCAUCCUGGACCCCCACCCAGGCGUGGUGACCAAGGGCUUCCGACCCCUCCCACAGGACGCCCUCUCUGAUGCCGUCUACCGCCUCACCGACCUGGAGGAAGACGAGGAAGGAGCUAAUGAGGAGGAAAAAUAUGAAGUAAAGAGAUGGAAAGAAGGGAUGGACUCCUGGGAAAAGAGGUCUGAGCAGAUAGCAGAGGAGGAAGAUGAAGAUGAGGAAGAAGGAGGGAUAACCUUCAAGGUGCGGAGCUCAUCCACCCCAGAGGACAGGAGGGAGAUUAAGAGGGGGCGUUCAACCAUGUCGCCUGUGUCCCCCGAUUUCCUUCCGCUACCAGGCUCUCCUCUGCUCCCUCCUACCCCGGUCACCUCUGCCCUCCCCCUGACCUCUUAUGUCCCCUGUGACAUCAUCGGGAGCACGGCCCUCUUUGCUCCCCACACACCUGUAACAUCCACAGCUCCUGUCCAAUCACAGAGUCAGGCAGUCACCAGUCUGGCCACCUCAGCAACUACAUCCUUCUCAGUUCAUAACCCAGGGAAAUGUCAGAGUUCAACGUUUUCCACUUACACCUUUACCACCUGCCGCAUCCUGCAUCCCUCUGACAUCACCCAGGUCACCUCCAGUUCUCACUGUCAGCCUUCCAUCUCGGAGUACACCCCCAGCUCCUUGCGGACAGGCCCCUGCACCCCGGUGACCCCCUGCAGGCUGAGCCUGGGGGUCGACUCCUUCCCCCCUCGCCGCCCCCCCGCCCCCUGUGGCCUGGCCAAGUUGGUCCUGGAGAGAGGCAUCUCUGCCUCCCUUUCUACCUCUGAUGGUCCUCCCCCUCCCUCCCACCCGAAAGCCCCUCUCCUCCCGCAUGUAUUCCCCAGCACGCCCCCCAACUCCCCUUCUCACUCUCCCUCCCCCUCGCCUGUGCCCUUUGAGCUCCGCCCCUGUGGGUCUGCCGCCUCUGACAACUUCCUGGCUUCACGGCCUGCAGAGCUUUUCCUCCAGGACGUGUAUGGGCUGAAGAUUGGCCGCGCCCCUCGACCCGACCUCUCCAGCCCCGACCCCGCCUUCCUCAGCCACGCCCCCAGACUCAAAUCCAAAGCCAAGCCUGACCCAGUCAACGUGAACCUGGUUGAGAGGCUGCGUCGUCUGGGAUUGGUCAAAAUCCCUCCGGUGUCGGACGUGUCAUCAGACGGCCAGCGGAGACAGGACUCGGCCACCUUCCUGGCCACCGGCGGAAGCAGUCUACUGGACGGCCUUCGGCGGAACCAGAGCCUCCCAACCUUGAUUGGCGCAGCACGGGGAAGCCCCUCCCAUCCGGGCCCGCCCCAACCACCCACCUCCCUGGCCAUUGCCCCACCCCCCUGGGGCAACAUGAAGCAGUCGCGCUCUGUCCGCACAAGGCCCGCCUCCACCUCUAAUGUCCCGCCCUCUUUGCUCAAACGCUUAUGAAGUGGUGACAGAAGGUAGGGUUCGGAGGGAUCAACGCUGAAUAGAAAAUGUUUAGCCUCCUCUUUCCCUUCUUCAUCCCUCCCUCCCUCGCCUGUUUCUCCAGCCUUCUCCAGAGUGAUAUUCCUCAAUGAAGAGAGCAACAUUGGGGUUGGUCCUUCCGCUUGUCAAUAAUUAUUUUAAAGCACAAUAUUGUUAAACUGAAACUUGUAUUAAUGUCAAGGUGUGUGUAUUUGUGUGUAAAGAUUUUAUAGGCCAGAGCUUACCUGCCACAAGGUUUCUCAGCCAUUUCUAGCGUAGCCGUGCCUGCCUUUCCCUUUUCUGCCUCGAGGUGCUGUAGGUAGAUGUUCUCCCUGCUCUGCUUUUUCUGCUCAUGCUACCGUAUUUAUUUGUUUAUGAGGCUCUGGGGGUGGGGGGAGGGGGGAAGGUCAUGUGUACGUUGAUAAGGGCUUGAAAUUGUAAUUGGAGAGUGAAAGAGGGGAGGGAAAAGAAGGCCAGAAGGUGAUUAAGGACGACCUGGAGCGAUUACCAUAUGUAUAUCGGUAAAGGGAUGUGACUUUGGUGUCAUGGAAAGAAGGAAAAAGCAAGUGAAAGAGAGUCCAAGAUGAGAUUUAGAAAGAGGGGGAUGUUUAGGAGAAAGGGUAAAGCGUGAUCUUCCAGAGAUUUCCUCAAAAAGAAUGUACUGUAGUUGGUAAAUAGUCAAGCUAAACCCUGUAUACCUAGCUUCUCUUAGCAUGUCUAGUGCCGUUCACCUUACUACUGAAAUAGUUUUUUUGCCUUUCCAGAGAUAAUGCUAACCAUUUACCGUCAUCAAGUGCUUACUCUCUCUUUGCUUUGCACUUGCUGACACGGCCCUAGGAUGGGAUAAUCUAUUCGCUAGGCAUUUUGAACCUGUCCUUGUGCUGAUACCUCGGUUUCCAGUCAGUUUUGGCUAUUAAUCCUAUGCCUGGGCAUUGAGUGUUAGGUGCAGCAUUCAUAAGGGGAGAUUGUUCAGCGUUAGCAUACUAAAUGUGCCUACAGUCACCCUCCUGUAGAACUUGGUUUACUGCAUGGUAAUCCAGGUUCCUUCUGAAUGUCAUCCAAUGCUGGGGUCUCAAACCUCUCCUCAGGGGACACCUCUGUUUCAAAGUGUUGAUGUGCUUGCCCUGAUUAACCCAGUUAGGGGACUCAAUUAGUUUCCAAGAUGAAUCUGGUGUGCUGUCUGGAGUAGAUUAAAUUCCAGGGGUUUUGCCGGGGGUCCCUGGGGAGAGGUUUGAGAAUAACUGUAAGGAGUGCUAUUUACUUAACGCCCAGUGGAGGGAAGCAUUGUGUUGAGUUAUGUCUAAGAGCUCAAAACGUCACAAAAGUCCCUCAGUUUCUGAAGACAAAAGGUACACCCCCUUGAAAGUAUUUUGUUCUCCUUAAUUUUUUAGAUGUUGACCGAUAUGUUAUCUCACUUUAACACUAAGUAUUCUAUAAUUAAUGUAGUUGUUUUUUUGUCUAUCAGUUACUUUCAUUAGAAGGAAUUUUUGCCCACACUCCUUUAUAGUUCUGCUUCAAAUGUGUCACGUUUGAUAGUUUUCUUGCAUCUGCGGCCCACUUCAAGUCCCACCACAGCAUUUCAAUAGGAUUGAGAUCUGGGCUUUGACGUGGCCAUUUCAUAACCAUACACUUCUUUUUGUGUUGUAUCUUUGCUUGUGUGUUCUGGUUCAUUGUGCUUUUGCAAGAUCCAUGUUCAGUUCAGCAUCAGCUUUUUGACUCACAUUUUCCUCAGAUUAUCUGGUACAAUGAAGAAUUCAAGCUUGACUCAAUGGUGGCAGGUUGGCCAGGUCAUGAGUCAGCAAAGCAGCCCCAAACCAUAAUGCUAACGGCACGUUUUAAGUUUGGUGUUAGAUUCUUCUGUUCAAAUUUUUCGCCAAACAUGGCACCUGAUAUUGGGGCCAAACAACUCCACAUUUGAGUCAUUUGUCCAAAGCACAAUGUUUCAGUGGUUUUUCAGUGGUCUUUACCCAGGUUGUUGUCUGGUAAGCAUCUGUCAUGUAUUGAUUCUUUUUUGUGAGAAGAGGGUUCUUUGUUCCUGACCUUUCCCGUAAGUAUGUGCCAGUGUCUUUCUGACAUUUGACUCAUGCACUUUGACACUGAUUGCUUCAAGAGAGGCCCGUACAUCUCUCUGCAUUACCCUGGGAUUUUUUGAGACCCAUAUGAUUCUUAGCCUGAAUAUAGUGAGACAACCUUUCCCAUGCAGAUUGCCAGUGGUCUGGAAUUUUCUCCAUUUGUAGAUCUGUCUGACCUUUGAAUAGAAUUUUGUAUUGCUUGGACAUGUCCCCUCCCAGACUGACAAAUAUUCAUUCUGAGGGCCUCGGGUAUAUUUUUUUUUACUUGUCAUAAUGCGUUACCAGCAGUAUGGAUUGAACCAGACAAAUACUUUCUAAUAAGGUGUGCCUGUUUUGGUAUGUUUUGGAUUUAGUACAGUUUGGGACUGUAUAUCUAAAAGUAUGAAAUGGUUAUUGCAGCAAAAAUGUCACAAUUUAGGAAGAAAUCUAGCUGGUUUAUCAAAGGGUAAGAACAAGUAACAUUUUAACCCUUUCAAAUCAACAGCAAUGAGGAGGUGGAUUUAGAAAUGUGUACUCCUGCUGCUUCAGAACUUCAAAAAGGAGUCUGUAUCAGCUUUGACCCUAGUCUGUACCCUUUGGCCCUGACCCCUUCUGUGACCCUUGGGCUAUACCACUUGUCUUACCGUCCAAUUGACCUAUCCCACUUUUUCCUGUUCUGCACUUUUUUUAAUCCUGAUUUACCUAUAUCAUCUUAUUUGGCAGGUUCAUUACUGACAACUAUUAAUAGUACUAGGGUUUGGAAUCAAUGUAUUAUUAUUAUUAUUAUUAAAGGUAAUAACAGCUAGUUAUUUAGCAUUUCAUGUAGAAAUAAGAUUUUAAUAUAUUUUGUAUUUUGUUUUGUGACUCCAUUUUGUAAUUAACCUUCAAAAGGGAAUCCGAACAUUGUUUUUAAUACUGUAAGUCUUUGCCAAACAAACCUGUUAUUUUGAAAUACAGUGAAAUACUUGUGUGCGUCUCGUAAUAUCUAUUACCUAUGUACUGGAAAAAAACAUCUGUUUUUUUUUUUUUUUUAAUGGAUAAUAGGGUUUCAGCAAUGGGGAGUUAGAGGAAUGGGGUUCAUUCAAUUGGAUAUAGUUUGGUUAGCCAUUGGUGUGUAUCUAUACUUAAAGCUUUACUGUUGAAAUGGAUGGAGAUUACUGAAUGCCACAUGGUGAGGGUGGUCUUGGAAGUUUCUGUUAAAGGCACUUUGUGGAAGUAUAAAUUAUUAACUUUAAACUUGCACCUCUCCUUGUUGCCUACCCUUUGUAAAAUACCCAUGAUUAUCUUUUGGAUGCUUUUUUUUAAUAAAGAAAAAGGAACAAUU